AUGGCUAAUCGCAUUAAUCCAAUCUGCAAUCAACUUAUUGGCCCAGAACAACAAGCUUUCAUUAGGCGGAGAUCCAUUAUGGAUACUGCUCUGGAUAUUUUGACUGUGCUAAGAAACCAGACAGAUCAAUCUAAACAAUACUGGCUCUUGCUACUUGAUCAACAAAAAGCAUUUGAUAGAGUUAAUCACUCAUAUCUACAAAUGGUCCUCCAAAAAAUGAGCUUUGACCCAAAGUUUACAAAAAUUGUCAACACUCUUUUUUCUACUCAGCAAGCACAUAUUACAGCAAAUGGCCAUAUUUCAGAGCCCUUUAAGGUAGAACGAGGAGUUAGGCAAGGAGACCCACUUUCUCUGCUGCUAUAUAUACUAGCUUUUAACCCACUUUUAAUAGCUUUACAACAAAAUUUGCGAGGCAUCCAUAUUAACAACCAAGACUUCAAACUAGCUGCAUACGCAGAUAAUUUGACAAUUGGAAUCAGCUCUAUAACGGACUGGGACAGCUUUAUAAACAUUAUUAACAAAUAUGAAAGAGCAUCAAAUGCCAAGAUCAACAAACACAAGUCUAUUCUAAUUCUACUUACAGAAAACGCUCGCAGAAUCCAAUUAAGAGGAGCAGAGCUACUACAGAUGCAUGAGGCAGACAAAGCUCUAACAAUUCUGGGAUAUGAAACAGAUAUUACUGGCAACCCUUCCAAGAAUAUCUGGCAAAAAUUAACAAAAAAAAUUAAAAAAAAGUGUAGACCAUCUUUCAGCACUAGAAAACAACUUAAUGAAAUCAAUACAAUUAUCUCAAAUUGGACCAAAAACAAGUCCAAAAUGCUUCCCCGAUAUUCGACCUUUCAACUAAAUCAGGAAGAUGGAGGGCUAGAGGCUCCAAUACUAAAAGAUAUGCUAAACACAAGACUAGCCAAAACAGAAAUAAGCAUCAUUCAAACUGAUAUCCAAAAGAAAAGAAAUAUAACAAUUAAUACAGCACUUACAACUCAAAAUAUAAAACUAAAAGGAUGGCCAGACAGAUGGAAACCUUAUCUAAAAGCUGGAUCAGAACUAAAGGCCAAGUAG